CGAAAAGAGAAGAAGCAACGAGCGGAUAGUUUUCGUCUUUUUCGUUCGCCAAAAGGAGAAACAAAUGCUUGCGUUGUUGGCAAGCGGAACAAGCAGAAGCAGCAGCAGCAUCAAACUGGCCGAGUCGGAAAGCGCAGCGCAAAACUCCAACAUGAGUUGGGGCACCGAGAUAUGGGAUCAGAACGAUAAUAUAGCGAUACACACAAACAGAGGCAUCGAUGCUUUGGACAAGUAUGCCAACUUCUUACGCGAUCGUGUGGCCAUAGAAACGGAAUAUGCCGGCAAAUUAAGGCGCCUGGUGAAAAACUAUCAGCCCAAAAAGAAGGAGGAGGAAGACAAUGAAUACACAUCGAUGCAGGCCUUUCGCAAUCUGCUCAAGGAGGUGGGCGACCUGGCGGGACAGCGCGAAGUGGUCUCCGAGUCCCUCCAGCUCCAGGUCAUCCAGGCAGUGACGCUCCUCUCCAAGACACUGCGCGAAGAUCGCAAGAAAUGCCUUAGCGAUGGUGCAAUGCUGCAACAGAACCUCACCACACAGCUCUCCUCGCUGGACCGGGCCAAGCGGAACUACGAGAAGGCCUACCGGGACUCGGAGAAGGCCGUGGACAGCUACAAGCGGGCAGACAUGGACCUAAAUCUUAGUCGUGCCGAGGUGGAGCGCUACAAGAACGUGAUGACGGCGAAGAUCCAGCAGUCGGACGACGCCAAGAACGAGUAUGCCAACCAGCUGCAGAAGACCAACAACCUGCAGCAGCAGCACUUUAGCAUGCUCCUGCCCGCCGUUCUUAAUCGGCUGCAGGAACUGGACGAGAAGAGGACGCGCGGCAUUCGAGAGUUCAUCAUUGGGGCGGCGGAGGUGGAGUCCUCGGUGGCGCCCAUCAUUGCCCGCUGCAUGGAGGGCAUUGUCAAGGCCGGCGAGUCCAUCAACGAGAAGGAGGAUUCCUUCAAAGUCAUAGAAAGAUACCAAUCCGGCUUCACGCCACCACGUGACAUACCUUUUGAGGAUCUGUCCAAGCUCGAUCCGGAUGCCGUGCAGGAAUCGCACUACAGCAACUCGAUAUCGAACCACCUGACGAUGAAGGGCACGAUGGGUGCCAACAAGCUGAAGAAGCGCGUGGGCAUCUUCAAUAUAUUCGGCAGCACCAAGCAACGGCAGAUAAUUGAAGCCUGCAUCACCAUGAAGAAUUCCCUGACUGCGGACGGGCAAAAGGAGGACUUCAGCGAUCUUCCACCGAAUCAGCGGAGAAAGAAGCUGCAGGGCAAGAUCACCGAGCUGCAGCAGAAGAUUGCCCAGGAAACGAAUGCCAGGGAUGGCCUGAUGAAGAUGAAGAUCGUCUAUGAGGCGAACUCUUCGCUGGGCAAUCCCAUGACCGUCGAGGGGCAACUGAACGAGUCGGAGCACAAGCUGGAGAAGCUGAAGCUGGAUCUGAAGAAGUACCAGGGCUACCUGGACAAGGCCAGUCAGGCGCAGGUGGCCACCAGUAGUCCGCAGGCGAAUCGAAAUCAAUUGCAAAACGGUCACCGAACCUCUAGACAUUCCAAUGGCAGCGCCGAUGACCAUCAUGAAGAUGGCGACGACCAGCCCGACGAUGCUGGCAGCUUAAGCAGGUCAGGUUCUGAGGAUAAUGUGGCGCAAAUACAAAAUGGGCAUAAUAAUAACAAUAACGGCAGUUCGGCCAGUCCCGAAAGCGGCUUAGGCACUUCCCACACAUCGCUGCCCGGCUCCGGACAAGGCAGUGCCAAUGAGAAUGCCAUCGGCGAGGACACCUACUACGAAACGGAAGUGGAGACACUGAAUCCACUGGGCACAUGUCGAGCCCUGUAUCCUUUUGAAGCCUCCAGCGAGGGCAGCAUACCCAUGAACGAGGGCGAGGAGCUGCAGGUGAUUGAGAUCGAUCAGGGGGAUGGAUGGACGCGGGUGCGGCGGGCGAACAACUCGAAUGGCUGGGACGAGGGCUUUGUGCCCACGAGCUAUAUCGAGUGCACGCUGUACGCUUAGGCUUAAGAUUAAGGUUUUAAAAGUUACCUACUCGGCAAAUCUAGCGUAUGUCUGAUUCAUUUUGUGUACUUUUGUCAUAACUUUGCGUUCUGUAGGACAGCCAUACCAUUUCACACACACACAAAAACACCCACUGAACACAUCAAACCCUUCUUCACACUGUACAUUUUUGACCUAAGCCAAGUUCGAGAGACAUUUUACCCUUUGUAUGCUUUGUGUAUUUACUUUGAUUUUAGAAAGUCAUUGAUCCUAUGGCAGUGCAAGCUAUAUCAUACUAUACCCAUAGUCAUAUGUGCACCUACGAGCAGACCUCACCUAAUUGUAAGCACGCAACGUUUCCCUCUUCACCCAUAACAAUCAGUCAUGAUCUAUCAGCCAUGAUUUAUAUACUCAUAUAUAGAACCAGAUUUAUAUGGCACUUGAAUACGUGAGAACAUGAAAAGAAACCUAGAAGUAAAGCUAAAAGAAAAAGUAGUCUCGUGAACACGUUUUCGUUUCGAUAAUGUGUUGACGAUACUAUUUUUGCUCAGUGCAGCACAGGGCACCUGUCGCUUUUCCCCCGCUGACCAAAUGGGGAAAAGCGGCCGCGUGCCACUAAAUACGCAAAGAUCAGAAGGACAUCGAUCACACUCGAGACUCAAGGAUAUGUGUAGGCAAAAGUUAUGGCAAUCUUGCAUGACACACAUACGCGGAAGAGAACGCGCUAGCUUGUUUUAUAUAUUUCAUAUGAAUAGCAACAAUUGUACAUUUUUACUUUACACACAAACUCUAUGCAUAAUUCGUACUCUUAAUUUAAUGAUGAUAAUUUUGUAUUGCUCUUUGCCUUGUACAUUUUCACACACACACCACACACACACACAGCCAAGUGCAGCAGGUAAUUAAGUUCUUAGACUUUAAGUUCACAAAAACAUUUAAGGCUUAAGUCAGGCGCAAAGCCGGGGCGUAUGCCACUUUGCAAUUUACAUUUAUUUAUAACAUUAACGAGAUAUACACUGCUGCUGUAUAUUUCGUAGACCACAAUCAAAAACUGAAAACGCAAGUCUGCGGGAAGCAUCCAGGCGGAGCGAGCUAGAUCUUUAGUUGGGCAAUCCUGCUAGCCUCCCCCACAUGUAUUUUGUACUUUCAUUUCGCAUAUAUAUGCUUUAGCCUUUAGCCUUUAGUCCUUAAGUGUGCAGAAGCAACUGAUGAUACUGAUGGAUUCUGUUUCUCUUAUGUUAAAUAUAAACGAUGUAAACGAAUGAAUGGUAAACUAACACACUGCGCGAACGCAGCCAAUAAAUAAUUCCAAAAUUCUUAAA